UGCUUUCCGGUGGUGGUGAGUGAGCUGGAGAACGGGAACCGAGUCGGAUUUCGAGCAUGGAGGGGAAGAGAAAUCUCUUCUACUGACCUUAACUUUGAAAUAUCCCAAAGCACAAAGAAUGGUUCUGAAGUGUAGUCACUUCUCUAAGGAUUUGUGUUCACACCGGAAGAUCUCAAAAAGAUCAGUGAGCUAAUAAUUCUGCUUUAUGGCGGUGUUUGAGGGAGCUAUGUUGUCUAGAAUCCAGUGGAGAACUGUCUGCUUUUGAAAUAGUGCCAUGAGGUCUUUUACUUGAAGCAGAAUAUGAGACUUGGUUUAACAUCAGUUUUGAAGGGAUCAUGAAAUUACAGCGAUUGGUUGCUGUCAGUGCACAGAGUACCAGUGCUGUGAUCUGAUUGGAGACCUACACCAGGAGCAUGACGGUGUCUGACCUCCAGUUGGUCGUGCACUUCGCCCUUUGUUCCAGAAUCCUGACUGUUCUUUUCCAGAUGGUUUUCAAUUCUCUGAUCCCUGAUCACAGAGCAGAUGCAUUCCAAGCACCCCAACUGCACAGUUUGAGCAUCGGCGACGCGUUGCUGGAGAUCGUGUUAGGUGGUUUCUCUAGAUGGGACGCACAGCACUUCCUGUUUAUAGCGGAAUUUGGGUACAUCUACGAGCAUAACUUUGCUUUCCUGCCAUUGUUUCCAGUGAGUCUCCGGGCCAUGGCAGAGACGGUUCUCAGACCCCUCCAAUGGUUGUUGAAUCUCCACAGUCGGCUGCUGCUUGCAGCAGUACUACUGAACAUGCUGAUCUUUGUUCUGUCAGCAGUCCUUCUGUACCAAUUGGGUGUGGUUGUGCUGCAGGAUCGCCGGCUGGCCUCUCUCUCCAGCCUUCUCUUCUGCCUGACCCCAGCCAACGUCUUCAUGUCUGCAGCUUAUUCUGAAAGCAUGUUCGUGCUGCUGGUCUUCAGUGGAAUGCUUCACCUGGAGAAGGGACGACCGCUGAUCAGUUGCAUUCUGUUUUCCUUGUCUACAGCAGUUCGCUCCAAUGGGAUUGUAAAUGCAGGAUUUCUGUUUUACUCCCAGCUGAGGCAUUGUUCAUUGUAUGUGAGACACAAGCUAAAGGUUACAGAAAAAGACUCGUACAAAUCAUGGUUCAAUCUCGUCCUUCGGUCUGUGCUGCUAGUGGCUACAGGAAUAGUGAUGAUCAUGUUGCCCUUUGUACUUUUUCAGUGUUAUGGAUACCUGAUGUUCUGUAAGUCAACUGUGAAUCCAGCCCUGGACAUUCCUCAGCCUCUGCUGCAGCUGGCCAGGGACAAGGGCUAUCGUGUCCCUGAUAAGGAUAGUAUGCUGCCCAGUUGGUGCCAUCACCGAUACCCCAUCAUAUACACUUACAUUCAGGACACAUAUUGGAAUGUGGGCUUCCUGAGAUAUUACCAACUCUGCCAAUUGCCCAACUUCCUGCUGGCUUUCCCAGUUGUGGCUUUGGGAGUGUGGGCAGUCUGGCAGUAUGUGUGUGCUGAUCCCUGGUAUUGUAUACAGCUGGGCCUGGGCUGCAGAAAGCUGAAGGAGGAGACUGAAGAGGACAGCAAACCACUGUCCAGCUUCUAUAGACAUCGACUGUUUGUCUAUAUUGUUCACAUGACAGUAUUGCUGGCAUUUGGCAUUUGCUUCAUGCACAUCCAAGUUGUAACCAGAUUCCUAGCCUCCUCCUCACCCAUCCUGUACUGGUUCACUGCUCAUCUGCUCCAGGAAGUGGAGCCUGGACAUUUGGCUCAGGACUCUACAACUUCACCUCUCCCCUACAAGUUUGGGAUAUUUCCCAGAAACCAGCUGACUGCUCUGCUUUGGGACUGGAGAGGCUGCAGUCUAACUGUGCGCUGUGUUCUUGGAUAUUUUUUACUGUAUUGGUUCCUUGGACUCGCUCUGCAUUGUAACUUUCUCCCUUGGACCUGAUCACUUGGAGAAGCUGAGUCACUGCUCCCCGGGUCUUCCUAUCUGCUAGUCCACUAUGUUUGUGGGAUAGAUCCCUCCCAGUUCUCUUCAAUGUCACCCAUUUUUCUUGGCAUUGGGUAUACUGUGGUGCAAUCAGGAUUGAGGCGGGGGUGAACAAAAGAACAUUAGAAACAAGAUCAGGAGUAAACUAUACAGUCCCUUGAGUCUGCUUCACCAUACAGUAAGAUCAUGGCUGAUCUUUGACCUCAGCUCCACUUUCCUAUAUGAUCUCCAUAUCCUUUGGAUUGAGUCCAAAUAUCUAUCUACCUCAGCUUUGAAUAGAGUCAACAACUAAGCCUCAACAACCGUCUGGGGUAGAGGAUUCCAAAGAUUCACCCUCUGAAUGAAGAAAUUCCUCCUCAUCUCAGUCUUCAAUGAUCAACCCUUUAGCUUGAGUCUAUGCUCCCCCAUCCCCCCAAAAUUAAUGUAUUGGACCUUCGCUCUACUGCCUCCAAGGUAAAUAUAUGUCCUUAGAUAAGGAGCCCAAAACUCCCAACCUGUAGUCUGACCAAAACCCUUUACAAUUAUAGCAAGAAUUCCUUACUUUUGUACUUUAACCCCUUUGUAAUAAUGGCCAACAUAUCAUUUAAUUACUUGCUGUACUUGCAUGCUAACUUUGUGUUUCUUGUACGAGGACACCCAAAUCUCUCUGAACACCAAUAUUUAAAAGUUUCUCACCAUUAAGAAAAUAUACUGAUUUUCUAUUAUUCUUACCAAAGCAAAUAAACUUGCAUUAUACUCCA